GAAAAGAGGAACACGAUCCUUAAAUGCGGUUAGAUAUGGAUAUUCGAUGCACGUUAAAGGAAUAAGACAACAUAAGCACCUUAAAGAACAAGAAUAAGCCACAAAUCUUCAUCUAUCCCCACCUUAUCUUCUCCCCAAAAGUAUCAAUACUCACUACCAUUCCUCUCCCAAAAUUUCAAUGGAACCACCACCAACUUCCUUCAACCACGUCGUUGCUAUGCCUUAUCCUGCACGAGGCCACAUCAAUCCCAUGCUGAACCUAUGCAAGCUCCUUGUCAACAACAACAACAACAUCCUUGUAACCUUUAUUGUCACAGAAGAAUGGUUAAGCUUCAUCUCCUCCGAGCCCAAACCCAACAACUUAAGCUUCCGUUCUAUCCCUAACGUUCUUCCUUCCGAACUCAUUCGCAGCCGCGACCAUUUUGCCUUCAUAGAAGCUAUCAUGACAAAGAUGGAGGAACCGUUUGAGGAGGUACUUAACAUACUUGACCACCCUCCUUCAAUCAUUGUGUAUGAUACUUUCUUGCAUUGGGUUGUUGGCGUCGGAACCCGAAAGAAUAUACCAGUAGCAUCAUUUUGGACAACGUCUGCUUCUUUUUUUUCUAUUUUGUUGCACCAACAUCUUUUGCAACAAAAUGAUCACUACUCUGUGAAAAUUUCAGAAAAUGGUGAUGAACGUGUAAAUUAUAUUCCUGGAGUUUCCUCAACGCGCUUAGCUGAUUUACCUUUUUUUCACUCCAAUGAUAGUAACCAAAACAAAAGAUUGAUGCAGAUGCUUUUGAAAGGUUUUAAGUGGUUUCACAAAGCACAGUAUCUUCUAUUUUCUUCAAUUUAUGAGCUAGAAUCUCAAGCAAUUGAUACCUUAAAAUCAAAAUUGUCUAUACCAAUUUACACUAUUGGUCCUACCAUACCAUACAUUAGCCUUGAAAAUAAUCCCAAGCCAAACACUAACAACAGUUACAUUGAGUGGCUAGAUUCACAACCAAUUGGUUCUGUUCUUUACAUAGCACAGGGAAGUUAUUUUUCAGCUUCAAGUGAACAAGUUGAUGAAAUUGCAAGUGCUUUAUGUGAAAGCAAUGUUCGAUUUUUGUGGAUAGCACGUAAUGAAGCUUCAAGGUUGAAACAAAUUUGUGGAAACAUGGGACUGGUUUUGAACUGGUGUGACCAAUUGAGAGUGUUGUCACAUUCUUCUAUUGGUGGAUUUUGGUCACAUUGUGGUUGGAAUUCUACUAAGGAAAGUGUUAUUUCUGGAGUACCGUUGUUGACUUUUCCAAUUAGUUUUGACCAACCAUUUAAUAGUAAGAUGAUAGUAGAGGAUUGGAAGGUUGGGUUGAGAGUUAAAGAAAAUGUUAAGGGAGAUGUUUUGGUGAAGAAAAGUGAAAUUGUAAAAUUAUUGUCUGAAUUUAUGGAUUUGGAUGGUGAGCUUACAAAGGGUAUUAGGGAAAGAAGUAGAAAGCUUCAAAAGAUAUGUUGUGAUGCAAUUGGAGAUGGUGGCUCAGCAGACACUGAUUUGAAAGCAUUCAUUGGUGAUAUAAUAAUGCAUUCUUCAAAGUUCACACAUGCUCACUUCUUGCAAUGAAGUCUAUCUGAAUAAUAUUUUGAUGGAAUCAUCAAACUAGACACUUGACACAUUUAUUUGGUAGCAACCCAAAAAACUUGAUCUUCUUACAUACUCGCAGUCUCUUCUCAAGGAUCUAAUAGCUCUCUUCACACCAUUGAUUUUUUCAUUGCUUACAUCAAUAUCUCCAAUUGACGAUUCAGCAGUAUGGUAUAUCUAUCUGAUAAUGGUCUUUGAAGUGUGGUAUGGCCCUUGCAUGGACAUCCGGUGGUGUAAUAUGUGAACGACUGGGCGUGCUUCAGUGAAUAAUGGAAAAGGCACCGCUUGCACAAUAUAUGGUGCUCCCUCUACUCGAGGUACAUAGUCGAAAAGUAACUCAUAUGGCAGCCACGUAGAAGGUACGGUUCUUGUAGGUUGGCGUUCGAAGGAAGGACCUGAGAUCUCCAACAUAACAGUCACAUGAGGAACUUUAAGCUUGGGAGUCAAAGCUUGGAGCAUUUCUCUCAUUUGGUUCAUACCUCUUGUGGUAUCAUCAAGUUCUUCCCUUACUCCGGCCCUUUCUUGUUCUUGAUCAACCAUCUUUUGACGAGCUCAGACUCGAGUAUUGUAUCGGUGUUGAAAAUUCAGCGUGGAACAGAAGGAAGAAAGACGAAGUGAGAUUUUAUUUGAAAAUUGCAUGAGUUCAUGUAUGGAUGCAAUUUUUUAUUUGCAAAACUCUUGGUCAUUUUCAUCA